ACUACACUGAACUCGUGUGAGUGGGAAGAACGUAUACCGGACGAAGAGAGAAGGACCAUUUCAGAAUUUAUUUGGUGAUGACGACCGUUCGCCAUCUUUGAAAGGGACUAUACGCACGAAACUUGUAGGACUUUGUUGUUUUAUAACUUUUCAUUUUUUUGUUGCGGUGUGUGAUGCCAGCGGGAAUGUUUAGUAUUGACAGCAUACUGGCGGGGAGACCUAACUGCAAGGACUCGGUUUUGAUUCACCGAAAUGCUCCGGUUGUGUUUCCGAACUUGACGGAUUCUUUGUACACCGCUGCCGAGUAUAAUGGGCUGUACUCCCACACUGGACCAUCGGCACCGAGCCUACAGGCGGUGAAUGGAGCCAGAAUAGGCUACAAUAAUUACUAUUACGGGCAACUUCACGUCCAGGGACCCUCUGGCCCCGCCUGCUGUGGCGCAAUCCCUGCGCUUGGUUCCCAGCAAUGCCCAUGCAUUCCUACAGGUUUUGACAGCACGGGAUCAGUGCUGUUAUCUCCGGUGCCUCACCAAAUGAUGUCGUAUAUGAACGUGGGCACGCUAUCGCGCACCGAGCUCCAGCUCCUCAAUCAGCUGCACUGCAGACGGAAGAGGAGACACCGGACCAUCUUCACCGACGAGCAGCUCGAGGCCCUGGAGAACCUUUUCCAAGAAACCAAGUACCCGGACGUUGGAACGCGAGAACAGUUAGCGCGCAAAGUCCAUCUACGAGAGGAGAAAGUGGAGGUGUGGUUCAAAAACAGACGAGCAAAAUGGAGAAGACAAAAACGGUCGUCUUCUGAGGAAUCAGAGAACUCGCAGAAAUGGAACAAAUCGACGAAAACAGCAGCAGAGAAACCAGACGAGGGCAAAAGUGAUGUGGAUUCAGACAGCUGAUAGCGCAAAAACGUUGAAGCGCAAAUAUUGCACACAUUUAACUCGGACUUAUUGUAUAUAGUGUAAAAAAACAUGUGAAUUUGAAGUAUUGAAAUGUGUUUCCAUGCUGUUGCACAAAAUGUAUAGUAAAUAUUACUUUUAUUACUGUCAUGAUUAUUUAUAUUUAAUUUAAUGGUAACAGAGUUUGUUACAACAGGAAUGUCGUCGAAAUGCAUUUAUCAGUAUUUUACAAGCUGUCAUCUCAUUUGUUGAACGUUAUAUCUGUGUCUCAACAGAAUGCGCAGCGUAGGCUGCUAAAAUGUCUGACUGUUUCACGGUUAAAAUUAAAUUGAUAUUACUAUUUAAUUAGGAUUAAAUCUUUUGUAACUUUCCCAGACAAUGAAGUCCUGUCUGUAAACAUCGAGGCAACUUUGCAACCAUGUCUAUCAGAGUUGAUAUUAAAUAUUGAAAC